AUGAACGUAAAAAUAAUUAAUUUCCUUUUCACGAAAAUUGCUGCGUUUGCCUUUGUGUUAAGUAUUUGGAAUUUUUCCUAUGAGACAUUUAGCUUCACUAAUCAGCAUAAUGGAAGAAGAAUCAGACAGAACGGCAUACUAUUAGGUGCUGGAACAAGGAGGUUGCUCUUUGGGGAAUGCAACGUAGUAAAAGAAACAGACGAUAUUUUUUUAAAAGGAAGGACUGUAAAAAUAUUAAAGAAAGAUAGUAAUGAAAUUUCCAGUCGCUUAGAUGCUUUAAUAAAAGAUGAAAAUUUUAGAAACCAAUCAAAAUUUUGGACACACUAUAACCAUGCACAAAGGACCCCUAAUGCAUUAAUGCGCGAUGAUCGUUCUCAAAGUGUACUUAGCCUUUCAAGUUUUGGUGAAAAUUUUAAAAUACCAUUAUAUGAAUUAAAACGAAGUAUCUCUGAAGAUAGCAUAUUUCCUGAUUCAGGAGUGUAUAAUUCUUUCCAAAGUAUCAACCAUAUAUCGAAUGACAGUCUUGACAGCUGUGGGCUAGGUGUACUGAAAAAUGAAAAAUGCCUUACAAUGAUAGAUGCUAUAAGUGAACAAAAAGAAUUCGAGAAGUUAAUACAGGAGCAUAGAUUCAAGAAAAUUAUCGAACCUGGCAUAUAUGGAUUUUUAAAGAAAAUUGAUAGAAAAGUCGAGUCAGAAAUGUUAAAUAUCAUGAAGGGGGAUUUUGGUUAUGAUAAUAAUAAGGCAGACAGAGCUAUAUGCAAAAAUCGAUAUAAAAAAUUGCUUAAGUAUAUAAAAAAAUAUAGAAUAUUUUUACCUCUUAUAGUUUUUGGUGCGAUUGCUAUAGUACUUAUGCCAUAUGUAUUAUUUUGUAAUAUUCUGAUUUUUACUACUACAUCUUCAUUUUCACUCUUUCAUUUAUAUAUGGUAUCAUUGGCAUCAUCUUUUUUCUUGAGCAUUUACUACCAGAAUAAAUAUGAAAAAUGCAGUAAAAUUAUAGGACGUUUUUUAAAAUAUAGGAAAGAUCCUAGUUUAAAAAAAAAAAUUCCACCAGCAAUAUAUUUUUCUUAG